AUGGAUGGAUGUUGUUUCCACAGGUCAGAUGCAGAGGAAACCAUGGCCUGGGCUGAGACUGUGGAUACACUGCUUGCUAGCAAAGAUGGCUUGGCAGCUUUUAGGACAUUUUUGAAGUCAGAGUUCAGUGAGGAGAACGUGGAGUUCUGGCUGGCAUGUGAGGACUUCAAGAAAACCAAGUCCUCCACUAAGAUUGCCUCAAAAGCCCAAAAGAUUUAUUCUGACUUUAUACAAGCUAAUGCUCCAAAGGAGAUUAAUAUUGAUUUCCACACAAAAACUCACAUCUCUCAGAACAUCUCUGAGCCCACCCUCAGCUGCUUUGAUGAUGCUCAGAGAUUAAUCUACAGCCUGAUGGCCAAGGACUCUUUUCCCAGGUUUCUAAGGUCAGAAGUGUACAAGGAACUGGUGAAGAAGAGGCAGACUGGGAACCAGAAGAGGUGGCUCCCAUUUCUGUGA